GCGGUUUGCCUCCGCCCUUUGGCAGGCCGCCGACAGCAAGGGCUUCUACACUCGGCUUGACAACCCGUUGCGCGCCUCGCUGGCUUCUUUGGGCCAGGAGCCUGUGGACUCUGCCUGCUUGUCCCCGCCAGAGCCUGCCGGUGAGGUUAAGAGUGGUGUGCCGCGGCCCGUUGGCCAAAGGUUUGACUUCAUCCUAGUUGGUGGUGGCCCGCCUGGACUCACGGCCUCCUUGUCCGAGCGUGGCUUUGCUUGCGGUCCCUGUGUCUCUCCUGAGUUCUCUGUGCAUUUUGACGUGGCGAGCCCCGACUGUGUUGAGUGGCUGAUGUUCUUGAUGACCUCGGGUCGGCUUCGGUCUUUAGCCCUCUUCGUGCCCUGUGGGGCCUUGUCUGUGCUCAGGAGCCCACCGAAACGGCGUGACCUUGACGUGUGUGAGCAUCGGCGCCGCCUUGGCUUUAGGGUCGCCUGCUCCUGUUUGGCCCUUUUCUGGGUGGCGUGGCGAUGCGGUGUCCCCUCCUUGCUCUUGUGUUCGGGGACCUCCUCGCUCCUUGGUGAGGGUCGUUUCAGCUACUUGGCGAGCCUGCCUCGAGUCGAGUUCCUCCGUGCUUCCGCUUGCGCCCAGCGUGCCUGCCACCUUGGCUCCCUGGCCUUACUCGCCUCUGGACUUGAGGGUUUGGACUUGGCUCCUCUCGAGCCCCCCGGCUGCUGCCUGGCACCUCCUCUGGGUGAGUCCCGGAGGCCUGGUUUCUGCCCGAAGCUCGUUGCUGCCUUGAGCCACGCCUUUGCCAGUGUCCUCGACUCCUGUCCUCCUGAGCCCACUCCGAAGCGCGGCCUCGAAAGCCUUUUGGUCAAUGACCUGCUCGCCUCGGGGCACUGGCGCUCUGGCGUCGCUUGGUCUUGGAGGGAAGCUGCGCACAUUAACGUGCUUGAGGCGAAAGCCCUGCUCAGAGCCAUCCUCGACGCAGCCCAGUCAAGGGAUGAUCAGAGGCUGGUCGUUAUCACUGACUCUGGCGUGACCCUCGGUGCCGCCUGCAAAGGGAGAAGCUCCACCCGAGCCCUGGGGAAGGUCUUGAAAAGGAUCGCCUCGGUCCAGCUUGCAUGUGGCUUGCAGGUGAAGGCCCGAAGCAUGAACCCGCUGCCAGGGAGGCCGAACGACGAGACAGGCGAGCCACCCUCUCUCUGGCCUCUGGACGUCGAAGCCCUAGGCUCGGCGCUGACUGCCUACGGCCGGGAGCUUUUCGACAGUGGCAAGCCCUACUAUCACUUUUCGGAAUGUAUCAAUGCAGUUGCCGCAGCCGUGCCUUCUGUCAGAAGGCAGCUGCAGCAGCCUUGGGAUUUGGCGUUCUCGUGGUUGGCUUUGGAGCCCUACACCCACCACGUACCGAUGCCUGCAGUCCUUCUGCUUGCUACAUUGUCUUGCUGCCUCCUUUGGGGAUGGCUCCGAGAAGCUGGUAUUUUCGCUUUGUGCUGGGGAGGCAUUCUCAGAAUAGGUGAGGCAACCGGAGCUCGACGAGCAGACCUCAUCUUGCCCUCAGACGUCUUGGGUCUUCAGAGGCACGCGCUUCUGAGGAUCCAAGAACCGAAAACCCGACUUCGCGUCGCCAGGCAUCAGGCCGCGAAGGUGGAACAGCUCGAUCUGGUCCAUCUUAUCGGCCUUGCCUUUAGCGAGCUACCGGCAGGGACUUUGCUUUGGGAUCGAUCUCAGCAGACUCUUCGUAAGCGACUCGACUGCGUUUUGGCCCGUCUGGGCGUGACGACUCCCCGCGGAGGGAGACCGAUCGACUUGGGGUCUUUUCGGCCCGGGGGCGCGACCCACCUCUUGCAAAUUACCGAAGACAGCGAACUGGUUAGGCGCCGCGGCCGCUGGAUAUCGCCGAAGGUCAUGGAAAUCUAUUUACAAGAAGUGGCGUCCGUCGUCCUCUUCCCGAGCCAGCCUUACGAAGUCCGAUGCAAGAUCCUCGCCUUUGCUCAGCUCUUCCCGGAAGUGCUCGCUAAGGCGGACCUUUGGACGAGACAGAAGUUGCCUCACGCGUCCUGGUUCGCCCUCUUCUCCUCUGGCGGCUAG